UUUUGUUGUUGUCGUUGUAUACAUUUACCAUAGACAGAAAAAAAUUGUAAUAUCAUGACAUUUAUGAAUGUAAAAUCGGUUCUAUUUCAGUAAAGUUUAGUAAAAGACAGGACACAAAAAAGCUUGAGGAAAAUGAGCAAAUUCUCGAAAGCUGUAUCUCAAAUUCUCCAUGGCAACAAACUUACCAGAUCUGACCCAUUUAUUAAUGGGACAUGGAUGAAAUGCAAGAAGACUUUUCCAGUGUAUUCUCCAUCGACUGGUGAGCAUCUUAUUGAUGUUGGCGAUGUUGAAGAAGAAAAUGUCCAGCUCGCAAUCAACGCAGCAGCUAAUUCUUUAAAGGACUGGAGCAUGCUAAGUGCAAAAGAGCGUGGAGCUCUCUUGAAUAUGUUCCAUGAAAAUGUUAUGAGCCACAGAGAGCCAUUGGCACAGAUCAUGUCAGCAGAAUGUGGUAAAACCAUCAAGGAGACAAAGCUGGAAGUUGAUUAUGGUGCUUCAUUUUUGCAGUGGUUUGGUGAAGAAUCCAAGCGAAUAUAUGGUGAUUUGAUUCCAGCUGCAAACAACAAGAGCAGAAGAUUUGUUUUGAAAAGGCCAGUUGGUGUUGUAGGGCUUAUUACUCCAUGGAACUUUCCAUUGGCAAUGAUUACCAGAAAACUAGGAGCUGCCAUGGCUGCUGGUUGUACUUCAGUUAUUAAACCAUCAGAGGAAACUCCAUUAACAGCCUUAGCUUUGGCUGCCAUUGCAGAGGAAAGUGGCAUUCCAGCUGGUGUUGUCAAUGUACUUACAUGUUCAAGGGAAAGCACCCCAAUGGUAGGAGAUCAACUUUGUGAUAGUCAGACAGUACGCAAGAUUUCCUUUACUGGCUCUACAGCAACUGGUAAGCUCCUUCUUAAGAAAUCAGCUUCCAAUGUCAAACGAUUGUCAUUGGAACUUGGUGGAAAUGCCCCUUUCAUCAUAUUCAACUCUGCAGAUAUCAGCCAGGUUGUCAAUGCAGCACUUUUAGCCAAAUUUAGAGGUAAUGGUCAAACAUGUAUUGCUGCUAAUCGCUUUCUUGUCCAAGAGGAAAUUCAUCCAAAGUUUAUUGAAGAAAUGAAAAAAGCUGUGAACAGCCUUGUUGUGGGUGAUCCGUUUGAUCAAGAUACAAAUGUCAGCUCACUGAUAAAUGAAGCAGCUUUGAAAAAGGUGGAGACUCAUGUCCAGGAUGCAAUCAGUAAAGGGGCUGUGCCGCUUGUUGGCUGUGAACGACAUCCUCUAGGCACGAACUUUUACAAACCCAGUAUUAUUGAUGGCUGUGAUGAGACAAUGCUUGUCAUGAAAGAAGAAACAUUUGGGCCAGUUAUAUCUGUAAUGAAGUUUAAUUCUGAAGAAGAUGCUAUCGGCUUUGCAAAUAGCUCACAAAAUGGUCUGGCAGGUUAUGUUUUUUCACAAAACAUGGAUCAAGUCUUCAGGUUGUCUGAAAACAUUGAAGUAGGGAUGUUGGGAAUAAAUGAUAGUGCUAUUUCAAGUGAAAUGAUUCCAUUUGGUGGAAUCAAAGAGUCAGGCAUUGGCCGGGAGGGAUCAAAGUAUGGUAUAGAUGAAUAUCUCGACUUAAAGUUUGUCUCUCUUGGAGGACUAAAAUAGGUAGUCCAACAUUUUUUUGAUCCUAUUUUCUAAUAUUUGUAUACCCCUUUUGAUAAUGACCCUUUCCUAUUCUCACCCAUUAUUUGAAUAUGUUGCCAUCAGUAUUCUAAAUUGAAUAUUUCUUUAAAAAGAUAUUUGGUCAAACUUUGAGACAGUAUCCCAAAUACAGAAAUUCACAUCUCUUAAAAUUAAUGCAUUGUUGUUAUAAUACUAAACAAAAAGGUUCACCAUUUUGAAAAUGCCUACAAUGCAUGCAUUUUUAUCAUAAAGUAAAUAUAGUAAUGUUUAUUGUAAUGGAAUAUUCCUGGCUAUGAUAUUAUGCCAAUAUAAAAUAAUAACUUGCCAUGCUUAAAAGUGAGCAAUUAAAGUCUUUUCUCUCACUG